CUCUGCAGAGUUUUCUCGAUACCCUGUAGAAACAAGCAAAGACAAGCAGUACAUGAUUCGUUAGAGAGUCUGACAGUGGAUUUUGUGGAUACAAGAAGAAAUAUGGUGCGGUUUACACAGACAUUCCGCUGUCAAAGACCAGAAUCGGCAGCUGGACCCGACGACCUCGCUAUAGGGAUGGCCCCCGAUCUUGUGUGAAGAGAAUCCAAUGGACAAUCAGAAGCAACCCGGUUUAAGGGACUCAUUUACAUAAUGGAUUGCAAGGUUGGAGGCUGAGCUUGAAGUGAGAUGUGAUAUGACGAACAUUGUUGAUGGAAGCAAGUUUGCAUGGUUCAGAUCAUCAAGGAAAAGGAAAGUUUGUAUCCUCAUGCGCUAUGGCACCUCACGAAUCCAGGGUCUUUUCGCACAAUCCCUUGUUUCAUUCACCCGCCAUGACAUGAAGUUCAAAACCGCCCAGCAUCCCAAGCUUGCGGCUCAACGGCAGAGCGACCGCCAAGUUUCUCGCCAUCUUUGCCUCAUUCUCACCCAGAGAAAAAAAAAAGUCUCCCAAAGACCGCCACCGCCGAAUCAUCGCUUACUCGAGACCCAGAAUAGGCAAUGCGUCUAGGAUGCGCUUAUUGGCGGCCAACGCUGUAAGCGCCAAGCAAAUUGUAAUGAACUGAGUUUUGCGUUAUUUACAAUACGUACGACAUCGUAUUGAACGUUGAACGAUGCUCCACUGAUGGAUAGCACGGCAGCAUUGCGAUAUUCUCCGACUGAGGGAGGUGAUGAAGCUUAUGCUUGUUUGGUCAAGAUAUUUAUUAUUAUACUAUUACAGAUAGGGUAUCUUCGGUUUGAGAUGGGAUCUAGAUCAUCAGAUUGUCGAAGCGAAACGUGAAACCGCUUGGAUCAUUCGUUCGCGUAUCUUAGCCCAUUCGGAGAAAAGAUGCAGGGUCCUUGUCGGCUUGAGCUGGUUCUGACUUGCCCAAGAAGGAUAGCUUCGAGCAAUCAAUAUUGAUCACUCGACUCUUGUUCCAACAAUAUUCGGUACACUGCAGUGUCUAUAUUGACGCAACGUAUGUCAUCGCGCUAAACACAAACAUCAAAGAUCGCCAUGCAGGAA